AUGGCGGCAGAUCAGAAAGAGCCGUUUAGAUGGAAAGAAUACUAUCAGUUGUUUGAUCCAGAACGACGAGAUGCUGAACACUACAAACCUAGUGAGAUAGCUGCCAGAAUCACAAAGCAACCAUUCAACGUUUGCCUACAUAGGUGAGG